GCUCCCGCUGCCGUCAGAGCGGCGGAAGCGCCGCCGGGAGCAGUAAACAACGGCGUCGGAGCCGCGGUCGCCGCGCUUCCAUCUUGGAAGAGCACGAGUCGGAGCUGGUCGGGGACCAUGGGCGGCGUCCUGGGCCUCUGCUCCCUGGCGAGCUGGAUACCAUGCUUGUGCGGAAGUGCCCCGUGCCUGCUCUGCCGAUGCUGCCCCAGCGGAAACAACUCCACCAUAACCCGGCUGAUCUAUGCCUUCUUUUUGCUCCUUGGCGUGAGCGUUGCCUGCGUGAUGUUAAUACCAGGCAUGGAGGAGCAGCUGAAGAAGAUCCCUGGAUUUUGUGAUGGAGGGAUGGGAACAAGUAUUCCUGGUGUGCACGGCCACGUGAAUUGCGAUGUACUCGUUGGUUACAAAGCCGUAUACCGUGUGUGCUUUGGCAUGGCCAUGUUCUUCCUCCUCUUCUCCUUGCUGAUGAUCAAAGUGAAGAGCAGCAACGACCCAAGGGCAGCGGUUCAUAACGGGUUCUGGUUCUUUAAAUUUGCCACUGCACUUGCAAUUAGUGUUGGAGCUUUCUUCAUACCAGAGGGACCAUUUACAACUGUGUGGUUUUAUGUAGGUAUGGCUGGAGCAUUCUGCUUUAUUCUUAUUCAGCUAGUCUUGCUCAUUGACUUUGCCCAUUCCUGGAAUGAAUCUUGGGUUGAAAAAAUGGAGGAAGGAAACUCAAGAUGCUGGUAUGCAGCUCUUCUGUCAGCUACAGCUGUCAACUACCUGCUGUCUCUUGUAGCUAUUGUCUUGUUUUAUGUUUAUUACACUCAUCCAGAAGGUUGUUCUGAAAACAAGACAUUCAUCAGUGUUAAUAUGCUGCUGUGCAUUGGUGCUUCUAUAAUGUCCAUUCUGCCAAAGAUUCAGGAAUCUCAGCCAAGGUCUGGUUUGCUGCAGUCUUCGGUGAUCACAGUUUAUACAAUGUAUUUGACUUGGUCGGCUAUGACCAAUGAACCAGACAGGCGCUGUAACCCAAGUUUGCUGAGCAUCAUUGGUUACAACAGCACCACCACUCCAGCCCAAGGUCAGGUGGUGCAGUGGUGGGAUGCACAAGGAAUUGUAGGACUGGUUUUGUUUUUGCUAUGUGUUCUCUAUUCAAGCAUCCGAACAUCCAACAACAGCCAAGUUAACAAGCUGAUGCUGACCAGCGAUGAAUCAACACUGAUAGAGGAUGGAAUGCCCAGGAGUGAUGGCUCCCUUGAUGAUGGAGAUGAUGUUCACCGAGCCAUAGAUAAUGAGAGAGAUGGAGUUACUUACAGUUACUCUUUCUUUCACUUCAUGCUUUUCCUGGCAUCACUGUAUAUUAUGAUGACACUUACCAACUGGUACAGCCCGGAUUCUACUUAUGAGACAAUGACCAGCAAGUGGCCGUCCGUCUGGGUGAAGAUAUCUUCCAGCUGGAUCGGCAUCGUGCUGUACGUGUGGACUCUGGUUGCUCCGCUGGUUCUCACAAACCGUGACUUUGACUAAGCUGUGCUGCUCUCCAGGGAGGCUGUGUCAGCUUCACCGUGUCUUUGAAACAAACAGUAUUCUGGAUAAUAGUGCAGUUGUAAAUACGUGUGUGUGUGCGCGUGUGCUGUCCGUGUAGUAUACCCUGCUUUAUUCUGCAUGAUUACCUUGAACCAUGUCUUUUGUCAUUUCACUAAAUGACUUUUUCUAGCUGAGCUCAAUGAUAAUUGCUGUAAUGAUGGUUUUCAUGGGAUUACUCCUAGAUUGAGUGCUUUGGGAGCACGAGAUGUAAGAUUGAGAACUAUUAGAAGUACGUUCUUUCCCCUCAGUUGCAUUAAAUAGUUGCAGGAAAAAAAAGUGCAAGUGUUAAUUAGGGUAACUAAACAGUGCUAGGUCAGGCUUUGCAAGUAAAGGAGGGGCUGCCUUUGAUGAUCCCUGUUGCCUUGAUUCCAAAGUAAGCCUUGAGUAAGCAUUGUUAGACUCAAAAUGGAGCACACUGGAGUUUACUGGACAUCUUGCAGCACUUUGGCACCAGCAGCCUGACCUUUCCCAUGCCAAGGGCAGCAGUACCUUUAGCAAAGAUGUGAGAUGAGGAAACUUAAACUUGCACCUGGAGCUGCAGAGGAGCCAGUGUCCUCCAUGGCGCUGCUGGGUCUGAUGUGUCCCAUUGCAGACAGGAGGACAGGCACCCUGGGGAAAAACAUCCUCACAUCAGAUGCUCAGAAGCAUGUUUUUAAGGCACCUGUUUACAAUGUGCGUUUAUGUAUUAUUAUUAUUUUUUUAAGUAGUUUAUAUGGGAUAGUUGUGCUGUAAUUUAUUGCUGUUUUGUGUGCCACUUUCUUCUUUGCUAAGCUACAAUCAUGGACUUUGCAAGGAACCGGAGUGGUGAAAGCUGUGUAAACCCAUUAGAGAAAUUUUUUGAGUAUUGUGAUUAAAAAAAAAAGAAGUGGAGGAAAAGAAGCACUGACAUUACAGUAACUAAAGGAGGGGGUUUGCAUUUACUGAGGCUUCAACUAAAGUGUUUCUUAAGAUAUUUGGGGCUCUAAAUUUAUUGAAAUCUUUUACUAUAUUAGGUAUUUUGCUUGUUGUCCAUUGCCAGAGAUGGACUUGAGCCUAGGAAGUCUAACUCUAGGCAUGAGGUUAAGACAUUAAUCUGUUUGAUUACAAUACUAUAGUUCCUGUGCAGUUACGGAAUCUUAAAUGCUUUUGUGCUUGCUGCUUUGUAACUGAAGUACUUGAGCCGCAUUAUUUAUCUCUAUUACUUGUUACAACUUGAGACUAAAGCAGCCUGACUGGGAGUGACCCUGGAGCCUGCAGCAGAUGUCAUGCUCAUCUCUUACCGUGGCGUUUGUAACUGUGACUUCCUGUUGCUAUUCUCUAAGCUUUUAUUUUAACUCUGCACUGAACACUGACAUUUACUGCAAAAGUCUGACAUGUCAGUCAAACUUGAGAUGGUAAUGGAAGAAUAGUAAAGGCUUGUAAUAAUUUGGAAUAUGUUGUUACCUUAUUAAUAAAUAAAUUUGGAUGAAGAUGUUC